AUGGCACCCGUUACUGCCAGCCUUGGUCUCGGUCUCGCGGCGGUCAUGGCCCCUACUUUGACCAAUCACGCGCCGGCUUACCUUUGCUUUCAUUUUAUUUUCGCUUAUGGCGUCCUCUCGUCGCGUACAUUAAAGCAGUUUUGGGGCCUUGACCAUAACGCGUCACCACGCUACGACCUGGCCAAAUACGGCGAAAGCGCAGUCACAUCGGGCCGGAUCCAACGCUGGCAACUCGAGAUGCUGCAGCGCAAUGAAUCGGCACAUGCCAAUGCGGUCGAAAAUUUCACCUUUUUUGCGACGGCCAUAGGCUUUGCAACCUUUUCCGGCGUCAACCGGGAUGUAGUAAACCGUGCCGGACUUGUAUACUCGGCAGCGCGGGUGGCCUAUGGACUGGUGUACAUUCUGAUUGACCACCCGCUUUGGAGUCAGAUCCGGGGCAUUACAUGGUGGAUUGGCAACGGGACGUGUCUGUAUUUGCUGUACAAGGCUUCGGAGAAGUUGAACGAUUAA